AAAACAAAUCUUGUGAUGCUCAGUCCAACAAUGAUCCCCGCUUACAGACAUUUGUGUUCUGUAGUAUGCUCUCGAAACAGCUUCACUGUUACAUUGUAAACAAUUGCUAAGUUUUAUUUUGAAAACAAACUUUUCAUUUGACACUAAGUUCCCUGUGAAUAGACUUCUAGUCAGAUCUACAGCGUGCUCGCUAAAGUCUUUGUGCUUGAUACAUUCUUUUAAUCCACAGAAAAAAUAUUGGAAAUAAUUUCGUCACACAUUGAUUAUAAUAUUACUGGGUUUGUUCUAUGCAGAGGGGCUUGUGUUGGUGGAGAGAGUUAAUCUAACUUUGAUAGUCUCAGUUUAUUUUAGGCACUGAACAAUUCGGACUUGCCGUUUUUACUUAGAUGUCAUUUUUGCAAGAAGGUUUUGGCAAGUGUUUCACUGAUGUUUGUUCCGUUUAGUCAACUGAAACUUUUGACCUUAUUUCUACUUUUUAAAGGCGCAUACAGCGACCUACAAGCCUACGGAUGUGAUGAGGGCUGGACCAAUCACGGGGAGCACUGCUACUUGCUGGUGGGUAGCAACGCUGGCGCCGACUCCGCCAGAUUGAGCUGCCAGGCAAUGGGCUCGUCUCUAGCCAGUGUCUGGAGUCAAGUGGAAAAAGAUUUUAUAUUGUCUCUAUGGAGGUAUCCAGCGGAACAAAUCAGUUUCCUGUGGAUCGGAUUGAGAGGGACAUCGGAUGGUCUGUGGAGUUACGAUGAUAGUUCGUUAUUUAAAAAAACAAGUGUGACGUGGACUAUACUUGACGGAGUAUCUGGAGUUCCGGUGGCCACGCCCCAGAAAUGUAUCGCGUUGAGAAAUAGCGGAAGUGUGGCUUUUCUCGACUGCGUGAUGGCAGCUGAUGCUUUUGUUUGCAAGAAAGCUCUGCCCAAAGUGUUUGUCACAGCGAGCCUACUAAAUCACACUGGUCCGAUUCCAACCAAUCCUCUGGGACACGCUCAACUUUUUGAAAGAAUGUACCCACCUGUCCUUCGGUUCCUGCCAGGGUCAGGCUCUUACUUAACUGAUACUCUGGUCACUACAGAGGUGGGAUGUGCCUUCACAUGUUUCAGCCUGUCCGGAUGUCAGGUAUUUCAAGUCAGCUGUAACACACUUACCAAAUGUGAGGAUUUUAAAUGUACACUGUUUUCUGACUUCACUGUUUAGACCUGCAAGAAAUCCGCUGCUGUGAUAGUUAAACAGUUGGUAUUUUCAAUGUAACUUGCUAUAUGAUAGUUAAACAGAUGGUAUUUUCAAUUUAAUUUACUACUUUGACACCUUGUGCUAUGUCCAUUAUUUCUCCUUAGUUAAUAACACAAAAAAUCAAGACCAUAUUGUCUGGCACGCAAGCGUAUUUGUAGCACUAGUAUCAAUAGCUCUGAGUAGUUAAAAAUUGAUGUUCAAGUCUCAACAGUAAUAAAUUUUCAUGUUUUGGCUACAAGGGAACAAACUCUAUAAAUAAAAUGGACUUUAGAGUAUUUACUGUAUUGCUGCCCUUGGUGUAUAUAUAUAUAAAAAUUGUAUUUGGCAAUUGUAAAUAAAAAUAUUUGACAGAAACUGGCAGUAAAAGCUUCCGUUAAGGGAGAGUCUGUUGAAUUGAAACGAAUUGAUUGGAUGAAAAUCAUGCCUAUAAAAAAGAAAUAACUAUAGGACCAGUAUUCAUAGUCUUUCGAAAGGAAAUGUUAAAUCAAAGUGAACUGUAACAAACUCAUAAGCAUUUUGAAAGAAAUAAUUUCAACGCAUAUUUAAAAACUUUGUUUAUUCAAAGCAGAAUAAUAAUAUCGGAAUUAUUUUUUUAAAUACCUGACUUCAAAGGUUGGCCACUACGACAUUAUCUUUUGGGAAUGUAACGGAAAGAUUUUAAAAAACUGGCCAUUGUGCUUGUACCUUACCUUACCGUCACCUAUCCCUUAGUCUGUUGGACCGUUGGGACACCAUGCAAGAUUCGUCGACCGUCUUUCUCCAUUCCUCUCUGUCUUUGCCUUAAUGGCAAACCCGUCCAUUCUUUUAUGCUGUCCUCCCAUCGCUCUCUCUCUGUCUGCCUCUUCUUCUUUUUCCUGGUAUUGUUCCCUGAAGGAAGGUCUUUGCGAGCCCCGAAGAUCUUGUAAUAUGGCCAUAGAUUUUCAGCUUGUGUUUUUUUAACGAUAGUUAGCAGGUCAUCAUUGGGUCCAAUCGCUGCAGUAACAGUGUUUCUAAUCUCUUGAUUUGUGAUGCGGUCUUUGAAUGUGAUACGUAGGAUCCUUCUGUAGCAUGUCACUUCCAUUGCUAGGAUCCUUCUGUAGCAUGUCACUUCCAUUGCUAGGAUCCUCCUCUCUAGCUCUGCAGUCAGUGUCCAAGACUCACAAGUAUACCAGGAGCGCAUCAGUCUGAUUUUGAUAUUAAAAUAAAAUGGAAAGACAAAUGCUUAGCCCUCGUGCUUGUACAGUCAAGGGAAAAAAGUUAAAGGGCUGGUACGUGAAUGUUUGUUAACACUUUUUAGCGGCCCCCGAAAGGGAAAACACGCUAUUAGUUUCGUGCGAAAUCUCUGUCCGUCUGUCCGUCCGUCCCGUUUAGAUCUCGUAAACUAGAAAAGAUAUUGAAAAUCGGACAUCACAAUAUUUUAGACCAUUCAAAGUUCUGAUGCAACGGCUACUUUUUUUUUUCUGAAAGCGAAAAAUCUAAUUUUUAAAAUCAGUUAUGCAAGCAGUUUUUUUUAUGAGAAAAAGCAAAUUAGUAUGCAUUACAAGUUAGACCUAAUUUAAAAGGAAUAGUAAUCUUGUAAACUUCAUUUUUGUGAACUUUUUUUUAUUGCGGACAUUUUUUUUUUUUUUUUUGAGGAUUCGAAUAAGAGAUUGAGCUUUUUCAAAACAAUUAGAUCAAUUAUAAGACAUCAGUUAGGCCAGGGGAGGCGCGGUGGCUGAGCGGUAAAGCGCUUGGCUUCCGAACCGGGGGUCCCGGGUUCGAAUCCUGGUGAAGACUGGGAUUUUCAACUUUUGAAUCUUUGGGCGCCUCUGAGUCCACUCAGCUCUAAUGGGUACCUGACAUUAGUUGGGGAAGAGUAACGGCGGUUGGUCGUUGUGCUGUCUACAUGACACCCUCGUUAACCGUAGGCCACAAAAACAGAUGAACUUUACAUCAUCUGCCCUAUAGACCACAAUGUCUGAAAAGGGAACUAGUUAGGCCAGGUUCACAUCUAACUUUACAUUCACUUUCACCUAUUCUUUGAUCUGCGGGACCGUUGGGGCACUACACAAUAUCUGUUAACCUUCAUUCUCCAUUCUUAUCUCUCAUUUCUCUUUGAUAUAAUUUCAUUCGGAUGUUCUUUCUGAAAAUAUUGAAGCCUGCCUGGGUGGACCACUUCGGGGGCCGAUUUUGAGUUUGUGUUUCUUUUGUAACCUUGUUGAAUUUAAUUUAUUUAUUUUAUUAAUUGUAAUGACGGUUUAUAUUUUAUUUAACAACAUAAUAUCAAACAGUUUGUCAAGUUCAAUUAAAACUUUCAAUUCUAUGUAGCAAAUUAACUAAAAAUCCUAAGCGAAUUGGUUUGUACAUAAUUAGGCCUACGUUUAGUAAAUUAUUGUCCGAAUCAACUUCAAAUCACCAGCAUAUUAAAACAGAUCACACACUAGUGUAGUAGUGUUUCAUGAUAAUAUUUUGCAAAUUAUUUAUAUUUUUAUUACCUUUCCGAUGCCACAGUUUUAGUUGCUCCGUACAUUCAGAAGAAUACAAGAAUAAAGAACAUAUAUACAAGACUAUUCAUUAUCUAACUUAACUGAUUUAGCUGAUGAAAAUUCUCUAAGAAGUUCAUUUGUUAAUUUUCGGCAGCUAAUAAUAUGGUGAUAUUUACAAGCUAAUUAGUUUUUUAAAAAUCCUAUCAAACUUCUCCAACUGCUUUAAAAAAAUGUCAAAAAUGUUUUUGUGUUUGUUUAAUGAACAUAAAUAAGUGAUGUAAGUCAAAACGUAAAGGACAUUGAAUAGUUGUUGUAGUUUUUCCCCCUAAGUAAUUGAGUCAUUCUAUUGCACUGUGACAGACACAUAAAACUUGUUAGAUUUACUUUCGUCACUCCUUAUUAUAGUUAUGAUCGAAACAAAAACCUUGAUGCUCAAGUUCGCUUAAAGAGCAGGAGUCAUAUAGCGUCAGCAACCUCACUGUUAAGUGGGUCUCCUCAAAUAUUACUAAAUGCACAGCACAUUUAUCGUAUACCCUUCCUAAGCUUGACUGAAGGAAUAUUAUCUCUUCAGAUCAGCUUCAUCUUCCAAUAAAGAUUUGCUAGAGAGAGAAGUCCUUGCGAAUAAGUGCAGACUAGAUACAGGAGAUUUAUUUGUACAUUUCCAACCAUGAGCAAUGAAGGACAUUGAGGAGACUGUUUUUAUCUGGUAGCCAAACCAACUCCUCUUCACAAAUGUUUUAACUUUUUUUUUAAACAGGGGGGCGAACUCCAUAUCUAAAGUUUUUAAAUGAGAAUAACUUUGUUGUUUCCCUUUACUUUAAUUUUGAUGUCAAUGUGUUAUGCUGGUAUUGAAAUACUGUGUUACUGAAAUACUAUAGUGUUCUUACUCUACUGACAUUGAUAAAUA